AAACACUUAAGUGAAAGAAAAUGGAUGGAGGGGUGUGCAUAUAUUUCUCAAAUGUUUUGGGCUCAAAAAGGUUUUAAUCUUUGGCUUCAUUCUUCGAAGGUUUGAAAUUGGUUUAAAUGGGAAAUGUGAGAAAAUGUUAAUGCCUGUCUGAGAAAAGUUUGUAAAGUGUGCUGUCAGACGUUUAACAGCCUUAAAAACCUAAAAAAAAAUGGCAUGGGGGGGACGUUGUAAACAAAAAAAAUGUCCACUGUAAACAAAAUAAAAAAUAUCUUGGAAAAAUAUAUUAUGAAGGGAAAAAAGAGAGAAAAACUUCUGCUACACGGGUUUCACGGGGCAAUGUAACUUUUGUGUUAACCGAGGGAACACUGUUUCCAGAUGAAGUAGCAAUUGAAAUACAUUUCCCAAAAAUCAAUAUUGCAGCCAAACACUUUGGUAAUCCCUCUCGUGCAAAAUGACAAAAACGGAGUUGGGCCACCGGAGUUCGCCUUGGCUCGAUUCCAAAUAGCAGCUCCUUUUGUUUUGUUGUUGUUGUCAUGCUAAUGUGGGGGGGGGGGCAGACUUGUCGAGGAGACUCAAAGGGGGCGUGUCCGUGGCGCAAUUGAGGGGUUUCUUUUAUGACGUCCUCCAUGCAAAACCGCCAAUUAAAGCCAUUUGGGGGUCCCUUGUAUGGGAAAAGGGGGUCGGGUGACCUUGAAUUUAUUAAAAUAUUUUAAAACGGAUCCACCGUUUCUAUGACAUUACAUUAUUUUAAGUGAUAAUUAUUGGCAUGAUUGAUGAUGCGGCAGGGGAAGGGCGGGAGGAUGAUGGUGGAUGGGUAGGAGGGACACGCCCCCCCCCCCCCCCCCCUCCGCCACUGGGACUGUUGUGCGUCUACUGGGUCCAGUAUACACGCUGCUGGCAUGUGGCUGGGAUUAGGACAUUUCACUGUGGAUUAAACUCUUUGCCCAGUGGCCAUUUGUUGGAUGAAACGCAGUCAGGCCGCCAGAACCAGCAGAAGAGUGACUCUGGACCCAGUUGUUCCAGGAUGUUCCAGGAUGUUUCCGUGCAGCCGAAGGGCCACGCGGGUUCCAAAAGCCGCCUGGUGACCAAAGACGGGCGCUGCAACAUCGAGUUCGGCAACGUGGAGUCGGGCAACCACCUGGCCUACCUGGUGGACGUGUGGACCACCUUCGUGGAGAUCCGCUGGCGCUUCGUGCUGCUCCUGUUCGUGGUGUCCUUCACGGGGAGCUGGUUCAUCUUCAGCCUGCUGUGGUACUGGAUCGCCAGGAGCAACGGCGACAUGUCGGCGCGCAACCGUACCGAGGCUCACGUCAUGUGCAUCGCCAACGUCAACAGCCUGACCACGGCCUUCCUCUACUCCCUGGAGACGCAGACCACCAUCGGCUACGGCGGCCGAGCCCCGACCGGCCAGUGCGGCGGGACGGUGGCCAUCCUCAUCCUCCAGUCCAUGGCGGGCGUCUUCAUCAACAGCUUCAUGUGCGGCGUCAUCCUGGCCAAAAUCUCCCUCCCCAAGCGGCGGGCCAAGACGGUGAGCUUCAGCGACACGGCCGUCAUCUGCUUGCAGAACAGCAAACUCUGCCUCCUGAUCCGCGUGGCCAACCUGCGCAAGACGCUCCUGAUCGGGAGCCAGAUCUACGGAAAGCUGAUGAAGACCACCACCACCCCGGACGGCGAGACCUUGAUCCUGGACCAGCUGGACAUUCAUUUCACGGUGGACUCGGGGAAGGAUAACCUGUUCUUUGUUUGCCCGCUGACGCUCUACCACGUGAUCAACCGGGCCAGCCCCUUCUACGAAAUCUCCGCCGACACGCUGCCCCAGCAGGACUUCGAGCUGGUGGUCUUCCUGGACGGCACGGCCGAGUCCACCAGCUCCUCCUGCCAAGUGCGGACUUCCUACAUUCCCCAGGAGAUCCAGUGGGGGCGCAGCUUCCUUCCGAUCAUCUCGCGGACCAAGACGGGCAAGUACAGCGUGGACUUCUCCAACUUUUCCAAAAGCGUGCGGGUGGCCACGCCGCACUGCGCCCGUUGCUUCGAGGGCACCGUGGACCCCGGCCACCAGAACCGGCACGAGAAGAAAGACAACCAGAAGAACCAGAAGAAGAUGGGGAUCCGGAACUUGGCUUUCCAAGUCACUGACAUUCACGACAUCAUGGACGUCACCAAGAUGUGAACCGAGAUGUUUCUCGUCCACUACGGUGCAACCGCCAAAAGGUCCAAAACCAUCCGUCAGUAGACCAAAUGUUCAGAUUUAGAAUCCGGGGUUUGAACGUGCCGCGACCGUUUUGUAGAAAUAUUUAAACAUUCUCAAGUGUGACAUAAACGUUCAGUGAAAUUCAUAACCAGAAUCGACAAUGUAGAAGUCGCGUGAGAGUUAACAGCGAAGUCUUUCCAGAUUGGUCGUUAUUUUGUUUUGUUCCGAUUUGGAAAUCGAGGCCAGAACUGAACGAAACUGGGAAAAGUUUAAAGUAGAGAAGCUACAAAUAUAAACGUCAACUACGAUCAAGUCACACAAGACUUGCGGUGGCAUAACCUAAUUAAAAAAUAUAUUUUUUUUUUAAAUGAAAGUUGUCAAUCUUAACUUUUGAUAUCGAGGGAUGUAACAUUUCAUGCUCAACCUCCCGUUUUGUUUUCCUCAAAAGUUUUAAAUUUUGGACAUUUUCUAUCAUGCAAGACAACAGAAUGACUUUUUUUUGUCAGUUCGAGGUCACGAAAGAGAUUUCGUGUGACUUUGAAGGCGCAACCCCCCCCAAAUAAAUCUGCGGUGGACUUGGCGAGCGGCCCAUUUUAGUGUCCCGACUGUACUCCGAAGGACGUUUCAAGUGCGUUGCAAUGAAAAGGGGCAUUAACAGUGAAUGGCACAGCGGGUACCUCUUGAGAAGAUUAACGUCUGAGUCUGAUUUAAUGAAAAACUACACUCUGUGGGGGUGGGGGGCUGGGGGGGGGUCUCUUUACUGCCACUACAAUACUAACUCAUACUGAUAGAAACACUCGUAUGCCUUCGUGAUGUGCAAGAAGGUGCUAAAUGUUAGCUUGUCCCACUGAAUGGAACUCAGGGAAGUUUCCCAAGUCUUUAUUGCCACAAUGAAAUGUAUUUUUUUUUUAAUGUGGAAACUGGUUCGAGCGUUGGCCUCACAGUUCUGAGGACCGGGGUUCAAAUCCCGGUGCAUGUCCUCACUGUGCCUGCGUGGGUUUUCUCCGGGCACUCCGGUUUCCUCCCACAUCCCCAAAAGCACGCUUGCAUUCAUUUGAGAUGCUAAAUUGCCCAUCGGUGUGAUUGUGAGUGCGACUGUCUGUCUCACUGUGCCCAGCGAUUGGCUGGCGACCAGUUCAGGGUGUACCCCGCUUCAUGCACGUUAACAGCUGGGAUAGGCUCCGGCACUCCCGCGAUCCUUGUGAGGAUAAGCGGCUAAGAAUAUGUAUGGAUGGAUGAACUAACCAAUUAUUUCUUUAGGUAAAUAAAUACAGAGUACAAAUACAUUUAAGCAGUUUUAGUGGGGUAAAACUGCUAAAUUAACACAGUAAAUGGAGGACUAGGUGGCCCAUACGUACUUUGCGUACUCAUGAUCACUAAAUAUGAAAAUAUAAAAACAUUAAAGUCCGUACAGUAGUCGGAACAUGUUGGAGUGGUGGCCGCUAGGGAGCAGCAGAGUGCUGUUAUGACUUCACACGACUCGCCAGCUAACAUAAUAAACAAAAUUCUUUCCUCCAGCUGCUGCCUCAUAUUGGCGCGUUAUCCUACUUCUGCGGGCUGUGCAAAUAAAUGAUAUUUAAUUGUCGUGCAUUGUUUUUGAAUGACAACUAGUGGGAAGUGUUGCAGCCCCCAAAAAUUUAAAAGAUAAAAAAUAAAAAAACAGAAUCAGUGGCGUAUCAACCCGUCGUUUGCAUUUGGAGUCCAAGUAACAAAUGUGCUUUAUUGACAACUCUUUGAGAGGCAGAUGGAAAAAUGAGGUCACCUGUAAACAUGUUUUGUGUAAGGUCACUUGAAUCGCGUGUUGAUAGGAGAAAAGAUUCCAACGAUGAAUUUUGGCGGGUUUUUUUUUUCUUUGUACAUUUUGACUCCGGCAUACACAAUUUUCCCCAGCAGCCUUCAUUUUAAAACUCCGCAAGUGUGUUUUGCACGUUCGCUGGCUGGUCGUAAAAGAGGGAAGCGAGUCAUGGUAGACGUGUUAUGAAAGAUGGUUUCUCGCUACAAUGACGGCAAUACAGCGAAGAGAAAAAUGGCAUACUAAAAGGAAUCUUGAGAAAUAUUUUAAAACUUUCACGCAAGAAAUAGCUCAGCUUCCAAAGGCAGAGAAAAACCCCUCAGCCUCUAUUUCAAGUAUUAUUGUAUUUUUAAGUUUAAAAAAAUACUCAUUUUAAAUAACACUACAAUAGUAUAAUAAUUACUUUGUAUUUCUGCUCAUUUACAUUUUUACAAAUAUUUUAUUAAUACAAAUAAAACCGUUUUUUUUUCAAUAAAAUGCUGAUGCUAAUUAAAGUGGGGAUGUCACCAAUGUUUUAUUUUUACUACAGUAGUUAUUAUUAUAAUUAAAGACUUCAGCCUUUUAAUAUGUUAAAUAUAUGUAUAUUUUCACAAAUAUUUAAUAUUAUUACAUUGUGCUGUAUAACAACAAUAACUCUCUCUUUUGUUAUAUUUUUACAAAUAUUUUUCAAUUUUUUGGGUGUGCGCGUGCAUAUGUUUCAAAUAAAAAUGAACCACAGAUGCUACCGCUAAGGGCUAACAAUAGCGUGACCGUGACAGUGACCUGAACCAGAUUCCCGCUUCCUUUUGUUUUUACUUCAGAGGCAGAGUAAAUUUACCGAAUUCAGAUAAGUACCGAGUUUACGUAGCCAUUUCCAUUUAUUUCCUGUAAUUUAGCUUUACGCCAAAAAGCGCUUCCUCGUCUUAUCAGUCAAGGACAACAAUGACCGUCCUAUGCUAGCUGCACCAUUUUAUUAUUAGCGCUGUGGAUUGGGAUCCACAUGAUGCGGAGAGACAGCCCGCCUGCCAUCUCAGCUCCCGACGUUCACUCGCAACGCGAGAUUGAUGUCGACUUGACACGCGACGUGCGCUCAAGUGGCCGUGCUAACGUCCUGCAGAGUCCAAACUCUUUUGAAAAGACUGCUGGGGAAGUGUUUGUCCUAAGAUCCGGGUUCUAGUAGGCUCUUUGUUCGGAGUAGGAAGACAAACCAGCACAAAAGUAGUACAACUAAGAUGGACCAGUAGAAAGACUUGUCUUGACAUUUUUACCACUGCUGUAUGACAAGGAGCACUAGUUAACUAGUAGAAUGUCAUAAUAGAACUAGUUCUUACUACGUCAAUUAGAGAACGCAUUUGCCUCACGAGUAACAUAGUUGUCCUAUUAAUAUGCCAAACGUGUCCUACUAGUUUCAACAGUGUGCUGGUACGUAACCUUUUGCUGGAUGUCAAGGAUUGAUUUUUUUUUUUAAAUUAUUUGUGUGAUAACAGCUGCAAAUAAGUAUUUGAACACCGGAGAAAACCAAUGUUAAUAUUUGGUACAAUAGACUUUGUUUGCAAUUACAGAAGUCAAAUGUUUCCUGUAGUUGUUCACCAGGUUUGCACACACUGCAGGAGGGAUUUUGGCCCACUCCUGCGCACAGGUCUUCUCUAGAUCAGUCUGGUUUCUGGGCUGUCGCUGGGAAACACGAAGUUUCAGCUCCCUCCAAAGAUUUUCUAUUGGGUUUAGGUCUGCCAGAACCUUGAUAUGCUUCUUACGGAGCCACUCUUUGGUUUUCCUGGCUGUGUGCGUGGGGUCAUUGUCAUGUUGAAAGACCCAGCCAUGACCCAUCUUCAAUGCUCUGACAGAGGGAAAGAGGUCGUUUCCCAAAAUCCCCCAAUACAUGGCCGCAGUCAUCCUCUCCUUAAUACACUACAGUCGUCUUGUCCCAUGUGGAGAAAAACACCCCCAAAGCAUGAUGCUACCACCCCCAUUCUCCAAAGUAGGGACGGUGUUCUUGGGAUGAAACUCAUCAUUCGUCUUCCUCCAAACACGGUUAGUGGAAUUAUGACCAAAAAGUUCAAUUUUUGGUCUCAUCUGACCACAAAGCUUUCUCCCGUGACUCCUCUCUUAUCAUCCAAAUGGUCAUUGGCAAACUCAAGACGGGCCUUGACAUGUGCUGGUUCAAGCAGGGCAACCUUCCGUGCCAUGCAUGAUUUCAAACCAUGACGUCUUAGUGAAUUACCAACCAUGGUCCCAGCUCUUUUCAGGUCACUGACCAUGUCCUGUCGUGUAGUCCUGGGCUGAUUCCUCACCUUUCUAAGGAUCACUGAGACCCCACGAGGUGAUAUCUCGCACGGGGCUCCGCUCCGAUUUGAGAUUGACCGUCAUGUUUAGCUUCUUCCAUUUUCUAAUGAUUGCGCCAACAGUGGACCUUUUUUUCACCAAGCUGCUUGGCAAUUUCUCCGUAGCCCUUUCCAGGCGUGUGGAGUUGUACAAUUUUGUCUCUGGUGUCUUGGGACAGCUCUUUGGUCUUGGUCACGUUACAAGUUUGAGUCUUACUGAUUGUAUGGGGCGGACGGGUGUCUUUAUGCAGCUAACAACCCCACACGGGUGCAUCUUGAUUCAUGAUAAUACAUGGAGUGGAGGUGGACUUUUAAAGGCGGACUAACAGGUCUUUGAGGGUCAGAAUUCUAGCUGAUAGACAGGUGUUCAAAUACUUAUUUGCAGCUGUAUCACACAAAUAAAUCGUUGCAAAAUCA